AUGGGUAAUAAGCAAGGCACAACAUCAAGUUGGUCCGUAGAUGAUUGGGCAUAUGGUACUGGUGAAAAUGCUGUACCCGUUGAAGAAGUUGUAGAUGAAGUAAAGAAAAUACCUAAGAAAUAUUUUGGUGGCCAAGCUAUUGAAAAUGACGCAUCAAUGCAUCAAAUGCAACACGAUCUAUUAAACUUUGAUGAUACACUUAAACGAAUUUUUUUUCGACGAAAAAAAAAUAAACGAUCACGAAAAGAUGAACAACAACAACCAGAAGAAGAAGAAUAUUAUUAUGAGGAAGAAGAAGAACAACCAGUUGAUAGAGCAGAAAAUCCAGAAUAUCUUGAACCAAUAUAUGUUAGUAGAGGUGAUCUAUCAUCAAUGCCAACAACGGAUUCUUCAGACUAUACAACAACAACUAAUAAAUCACUGAUUUGGCGAUGCAGUCAUUGUACUCAAGAAAAUAAAGUAUCAGAAAAUUCAUGUCGACGAUGUGGACAAGCCGAAUCAAAAUUUUAA